AUGGAGGCCUGUGCUCUUUUUCAUUUUGCUUUGCUUCUGUUGCUGGGACGACGGGCUUUGGGAGAAAUUCGUUACUCCAUUGCCGAGGAGGUCAAAGACGGAACUGUUGUUGGAAAUAUUGCAAAGGAUCUGGGCCUUGAUAUAAGCUCUUUGGUUGGUCGGCGGUUCCGAGUGGUAUCCGAAUCGAAGGAGGCCUUUUUUGAGGUAAACCAGCACAAUGGGGUGUUGUACGUGAACAAGAGAAUAGACAGAGAUGACUCGUGUCAGGGCAGCGGCGCCUGCCUCUUUGAGCUUAAAGUCAUCGUGGAAAACCCUUUGGAAAUACAUUAUGUCGUUGUGGAAAUCACCGAUGUGAACGACCACGCCCCCGUUUUUAUUGAAAAGGAGCAAACAUUUGAAAUAGCUGAGCACACGUUGCCUGGUAAACGAUUCCAGCUGCAUGCUGCGCAUGAUCCUGACGCAGGGAUCAACUCCAUCCGAGCGUACACUUUGACGUUAAAUGAACAUUUUGAAGUAGAUGUCCGCCAGAGUGAUGAAGAUAAAAUUCCAUUUUUGGUCCUGAAGAAAUCUCUGGACCGUGAAAAAAAGGCAAAACACUCGCUGGUACUCACCGCGGUGGAUGGAGGGAAACCUCCACGGUCGGGAACUCUAAAUGUGUCCAUACAUGUCCUUGACAGCAAUGACAAUAGACCCAUUUUUAGCCAGGAUAUUUAUGAAAUUACAAUAGCAGAAAAUAUCCCGAUUAGUACUUCAAUAUUUAAAAUAAAUGGUACAGACCCAGAUGAAGGUAUUAAUGGGGAAAUUGAAUAUAGCCUUGCAAAGACAUUAAAGAAAAACGUUUACAGUGUUUUUGAAGUGGAAAAGUCAACAGGGGUGAUUAGAGUAAAAGGGAAAGUAGACUAUGAAGAAAAUGACAUUUAUAAACUAGACAUUGAAGCAUCGGACAAGGGAACACCACCUCUGACAGGUGAGUGCAGAGUCAUUAUAAAGAUAAGAGACAUGAAUGAUAAUGUUCCAGAAAUAGAAGUGACGUCACUUUCAAAUAGUGUGCCUGAAGAUUCGAAACCUGGUACACUUAUUUCCCUCAUUAGUGUGAAGGAUAAAGACUCGGGUGUUAAUGGCAAAAUUAUCUCCACCAUAACCAAUGGUGUUCCUUUUGAAUUAAAGCCAUCCUACAAAGAAAACGUCUUUUCAGUGGUGACUAAAGAAUUUUUGGACAGAGAGGAGGUGUCUCAAUAUGAAAUCACAAUAAAAGCCACUGACUGUGGUGAGCCUCCUUUAUCAGCUGUAAAAUCUCUCAAGAUUCAGAUAUCAGAUGUGAAUGAUAACAGUCCACACUUUGAACAGAACCCAAUGGAGUUUUAUUUAACAGAGAACAAUGCAGCUGGGAAUUCCAUUUUCCAAGUCAGUGCGACAGACAAAGAUAUAAAUAACAAUGCAGCUAUUUCAUAUCAUAUUGUGAGAGAGGGAAACCGGAAUGACAUUAUGUCAUUUCUAAACAUCAAUUCAGAGAAUGGACAUAUAUCAGCCCUAAAAAGUUUUGACUUUGAGACGCUGAAAAGUUUCCAGUUCCAAGUGGUGGCCAGCGAUGGAGGGAGUCCUCCUCUGAGCAGCAACGUGACCGUAAAGGUGUUCAUCCUGGAUCAGAACGACAACGCUCCAGUUAUCCUGUAUCCAGUCAGCUCCAAUGGUUCUGCCCAAGGUGUGGAGGAGAUUCCCCGCAACAUCAAAGGGGGAGACUUGGUGACCAAAGUGCGAGCCUACGACGCCGACAUCGGCUAUAACGGCUGGUUGCUCUUUUCGCUGCAGCGAGUCAGCGACCACAGUCUGUUUUCUUUGGACCGCUACACGGGCCAGAUCAGAACACUUCGCUCCUUGACGGAGACGGACGAGGCCGAGCAUCGCCUAGUCGUCCUGGUCAAAGACAACGGCAACGUGUCGCUCUCUGCGACGGCUACGUUGACCGUCAAACUCGUGGAGCCCAAAGAGGCUUUUGCGGCUUCCGACGUGAAAAGUGCGGCCACGGUGGACGAGGAGGACAGUGUGACUUUUUACCUGAUGAUCACUUUGGGCGCGGUGUCGCUCCUAUUCGUCAUCAGCAUCGUGGUGCUGAUCGCCAUGCAGUGCUCCAAAUCCAGCGAGUACACUUCCAAAUAUCUGCAAGAAACCAAUUAUGAUGGCACGCUGUGUCACAGCAUCCAAUACAGAUCGGGAGACAAACGCUACAUGUUAGUUGGCCCUAGAAUGAGUAUCGGCUCCACCAUUGUUCCGGGCAGCCACGCAAACACGCUGGUGCUCCCUGACAGGAGACACGCUUCUGGUGAGGUAAGAAAGACCAUUUUUUUACCUCGGUGA